AUGAAGUCGUUCGUUACCUUUGCGGGCUUGGCCUUUGCCAGCUUCGCUGCCGCUGGCCCCUGCAAGCCUCGCACCACCACAACUGCUGCUGCUGUCUCCUCUACUGAGGUCCCUUCCUCCACUGGUACUGAGACCGCUGCUGUUUCUACUAGCACGGACUAUUCCGUCCCUGUUGUCUCGGAGAGCUCCACUCUCGCUACUGUGAUUGUCUCCGAGACUAGCGCCACCGAGACCAGCGCUGCUGAGACAGGCACCACUACUGCCGAGACAAGUGCUGCCGGUACUACUACAGCUGAGACAAGCGCUGCCGACACCACCACUGCUGCUACCACCACUGCCGAGGGUACCACCACUGCUGCUGAGGCUACUACUACUGAGGCCGAGACCACCACGGAUGCCGCAACCACCACCACUACCACUGCUGAGCCCACUGCAGACCAGUCUUGCGACAACGCUGGCCUGGAGUAUGCCAUCUACCAGCACAGCUUCCACAACGAUAAUCCUCCUGACUUCUCCUCCUUCGACGUUGAUUUCUUCCAUACCGCCACCCCUACCCACGAGGGCGAGACCACUCGCAUCGGUAUCACCCCCGGUACUCAUUCCGACACUGUCUUCGCCAUCUACGAUGACAGCCCCGAGCAGCUCUGGCAGUACAAGGCCGUCAACCACCGCGCAUACCUCUACGCCCCCGAGAGCGGUGACUACGUCGUCACCAUCCCCAACUCUGAUGAGAUCACCCUCAUCUGGUUCGGCGACAAUGCCCUCUCUGGCUGGACUCGUGAGAAUGCCAACCUUGAGCAGGACUACCCUGGUGGCACUUCCAAGUCUUACACCAUUCACCUCGAGGCUGGCACUUAUACCCCCUUCCGACUCCUGUGGGCUAAUGCUCAGGGCGAUCUUAACUUCAUCGCUGAGGUGCAGGCUCCUGAUGGAACGGUCAUUGUCAACGGUGAUGGUAGCGAUAACAAGUACUUUGUUCGCUUCGCCUGUGACGAGAGCACAACUCCUUUCCCUGACUUUGGCUACGGUGGUUAA